AUGGCACCGACAGGCAUAGUCACUGUGCGCGACUCUGGCCCUGCAUUCUCCAGAAACAGGGCUCGUAAAUUACAUCGAGCAAGCUCCAGGGGGGUUAAACGAUCAACAGAUGCACCAGACAAUACCCAGCGAAGCAAGAAGAGGCGCAAGUCUUCCGAUCCAACUGUUGGCGUUGCGACAGAAGAUGUAGAUGAACUGCCGUGGCACGAAGUAGACAGGCCAAAGGGAUCGGGGGAAUUUACCGAGGAGGGAGGGAUGCUUAUGCUAGAAGAGGUCGAUAAUGUUGAGGUCACCUAUGAGGAGCAGGCUGGGGGUCGAAAGGUCGCAAAAUUUCGAGUUAAGGGAAAACAACUCAACAAAAAAGGGGAAUCUGUUAUAAGCGGUAUUUCCCACAAAACAGCUCAACCUUCGAAACCGAGGAGUGUGCAGCCGGCGGCCCCGAUUUUGGGAGUUGAGCAGUCCUUCGAUGAAUAUCUUAUUCCCGAGUGGCAGUUGUUUCCUCUCAAAAAUCAAAUAAAACGCUCUCUUCAUGGCCUUGGCUUCACAAAACCGACUGAAAUUCAGAGUCGGUCCAUUCCCAUCGCAUUGCAAGGCCGUGACAUUAUUGGUGUAGCCGAAACGGGUUCUGGCAAGACCCUUGCUUAUGGCCUACCUAUCAUCAACCAGUUACUUGUCAAAUAUGCGGGGGUUAUCCCGCCGGAGCAGCGCACGUUGUCCGCGCUCAUUCUGGCUCCCACCCGAGAGUUAGCGUUGCAGGUUGGCGAGCACCUACGCGCGGUGGUGGAACAAGUAAAUCCUUCGAUAUCCAAGGAAGGGGUCAAGGAGGACAAGAAGGGGCCACGAGGACCGCCCCUUAUCAGUAUUGGCGGUAUCGUGGGAGGAAUGAGUAACCUCAAGCAGCGACGAAUUAUCGAGCGAGGUAUGGAUAUCAUGAUCGCUACUCCCGGUCGAUUGUGGGAUCUCCUAGGCGAGGACGAUAGUCUUGCCCAGCAAGUUCGUGCUAUCCGGUUCCUCGUCCUCGAUGAGGCUGACCGCAUGAUUGAAACUGGACAUUUUGAGGAGCUGCACAACAUUCUUCGGUUGACGAGGCGUGACUCGGAAGGUGACGCAAUCGACGAUGCCUCCAAUAUCGCUUUCCAAAGAGCCGGUAUUGAAGUCACAGCCGGAGGGGGAAGCACGAGUGAAAACAUGCAGACAUUUGUCUUCUCAGCCACGCUGUCAAGGGACCUCCAGAUGAACCUGAAGAAAAGGAAGCGAGGACCUCCAAGGAAGAAAGGAGAAAAUCCACCAUCGACCCUGGACGAAUUACUAGAACGCUUGGAUUUCCGGGAUGAACAGCCCGAAAUCAUCGAUCUCACCCCGGAGCAAGGCGUUUCGCACACGUUACAGGAAGCCAAGUUGGAAUGUGUCUCUGCGGAAAAGGAUUUAUAUCUAUACUAUUUCCUACUAAGAUAUCCAGGCCGGAGCCUCGUAUUUGUCAGUGCGAUCGACGGCAUUCGGCGGAUCGUCCCAAUGCUGGAACUCCUUGGGGUAAAUGUGUUCCCUUUGCAUUCCCAGUUGCAACAAAAGCAGCGGUUGAAAAACUUAGAAAGGUUUAAGGCCGCGCCUGACGCGGUCCUUGUGGCGACUGACGUAGCCGCGCGUGGCCUCGAUAUACCCGCAGUUGAGCAUGUUAUUCACUAUCAAAUACCUCGCACUGCCGAUACCUAUAUACAUCGAAGUGGACGGACUGCAAGGGCUGAGAAGCCAGGUUUCAGUCUACUUCUUUGUAGCCCCGACGAGAAAAGGGUGCAGCGGGCGCUUUUGCAAAAACUUGGAAGAGCCACUGAACCUCCUGAGUUACCAGUGGAGCAUGAGGUCCUGGACAAACUUAAGGAGCGCAUGGCAUUGGCCAAAAAAAUCGAUGACAUUCAGCAUAAAAUUAAGAAGGCAACUCAUGAGAAGAACUGGUUGCAGGAGACCGCUGAUGCUUUAGAAAUUGAGCUCGAUUCUGAGGACCAAGGACAGUCGUCGGCAAAGGUGGACGAGAAAACUGCGGCACAGAUUGGGUCGUACAAGGCACAACUGCGCGCACUUCUCUCCGAAAGGGUCGUAGCCAGAGGUAUCAUUGCAAAAUACAUCACUUCGGGGCCGCAGCCGGUGGCUGAUGAUCUUCUGGCAUCUUCAUAUAACGACAAGUUCGUUGGGGUAAACAAAACCACUGCCACUCACGAUGUUUCCAACCUAGCAACGGGAAAACCUCGCCCCAGCGGGAGAUAG